CUUCGACCUGGAACGGCAGGUCGAUACUCUCAUGGUAUUAUUUCCAAGAACUUGUGGCAGAAUAUUACUAGUUGCAUUUUCGUCUCAGUGCCUGAGAUGUCUCUGCUCGUCCUGAUUCUUGCCAGUGCGGGCUUGCUUCAAGCAGCCAAUUCGCAUUCUGUUCCCCGUGUCAAUACGGCGGCCGUCAUUGACUUUGUCAUUCCCAAGACCAAACUCAAUUUUGCACAAAACAACGUUUCUGCGAAGUGGGCGCCCGGUUACCCCAAGGCCUGGGGUUCUGAAAGUUUCAAUUACCAAUUCAACGAGCCAUCACCCGACGAUGUCUUUGGAAGCGUGGUCACCGAGGACGAGAAAUACCUUGCGCUGUUCAACGGAUCGCACGUGAAAUUCAUCGACCUGGACACCAACGCCACAGCCUCAACCUUUUCUCUUCGGGUCCCAGAUGGCAAUGUGGCACAGACUCUCACCCUUCGACCGGCCUCGAAAGGCGGAUAUGACGUCUUCACAACUGGCGCAAGGUAUCGAUACGACUACGCAGCCUUCACUGUACGGCAAUAUAUAGGACCAGACCUCCAACCUGUCGGCCCUCCGAUAACCUACGAGGGUGGUAUUGGCGCCAUCAGCAAGCAAGGCAAGCUGGCCUCACCCUACGGGUACAUAUACGACUUGGAGACUACUAGUGACGCUCCAGUUGCCACACUGGACGGCCAGCCUGAUAUCACAGACCUCAGCUUCGCCCCAGACGGUGUGCACUUGGCAACGGUCAGCUGGCACGAACAAACGGCGGACCUAUGGAAUGCUACUUCUGGCGAGAAAAUCUUCACGUUCCCCGCGACCAAAGCACAAAACUGGGCUACCCGCUUCUCACCCGACGGGAAAUACAUCGCCAUUGUGGUAGGCAGCGGCAACAUGACUGUGCAAAUCUACACCCUCAGCAACCUCACAGCUGCCCCCCUUGAAAUCAAGGGCUUCAACGACUGGCCCCGUCAGCUGGACUGGAGUCCCACCAGCCAGCAGAUGAUUAUCGGCGACAAUGGUCGAUUGCGAAUCUUCAACAUACCUUCCGCCGAGGUCGUUCAAACAUGGCAGGUCGACGUCCGUGAAUACGUCUAUAACCCUGUAGACACCAAGUGGUUUGACAAUGGCAGUAAGCUUACUUGGGUGUGGCGCGAUGGACGGUACUUGUACGACUUCGACAAGAAUGUUGAGUGGCUCUGGACUGUUCGCAACACUGAUCAUUCCUGGGGUAGCUCUCGCUUCUCGUUGCUAAAGAAGAGAGAUUAUGCCGUCACUCACGAUGGUGACUCCACGGUGCGCUUUUGGAAGAUCUAGGAGUCAAAUUUUGCUGGAAUUCCGGAAGCGUGCAUGUCAGAUGGAAACUGAAGACGAUUCGAGGGCAGCAUGUAUGGUACUUAGUAAAGCGAACGAGGUCAGCUUGAAAGCACUGAUGUCAAAUACACUAGUAGUAUUGAAGCCAG